UGGGCUUUCGGCCGUUUUGGCUUCAGCUGUCCGCAUCCAUGGGCUCCCAAAGAUGCAGCAGGCUUUGGCCUGGGCGUCCAAGCAGCUGGAAGGAGUCCUUGUGGCUGAUGGCUGCUGCUGCGCAGGCAAAGGUCCUGACGCGAAGUAUGGAGAUCUCGUCGUCAUGACGGACUGGGACACCAACGAGGGCGUUCCUGGCUUUGUGGACAUCCCCAGGCUGUCGGAAGAUCCGGCCAGGGCGGAGGCCAGCUCCUCCCGGGAGUAUAGCCCGGCGGAGGAUCUGGAAGACCCCCUGGCGGCACGCGAGGUUUUGCAGCUCAGAGAGCUGAUGAAGAACUUCGUGCAGGAGAUGGUGGUUGGGCGGGAGGUGAACAUUGUCGUGGAGGAGGAUCAGCUGGAAAAGGGCUGGCUCCGCCUCACACCAAACCUUCUGCAGCUUCGACUCGAUGUCGAUGGUGCCUCCCAUGAAAUGCUGCUCAGGAAUAUCCGAGAUGUGCGGUCCGGCAAGAUGGGCCAUGGUCCGGUGAAGCUGGAUUCACUGUGCUGCACGCUUCUGCUCAAGGGCGGCGAGUGCCUUUCGUUCCGCUUCCAGUCGCUGGCGGAGCGGAACAGAUUUGCGAAGUGCGUGAAGGUUUUGGCGCUUGCCCUGGAGCAGUGAGCGACGUGAGAGUUCCGAUCGAGUUCAGGGUGGGAAGCGGUUGGUUCCCAC